UUCCAGAUGAGCCAUCCCUCCACCCUCUUUCCUCUCCUCGUUCCGUUGCUCCGGCCUCCAGGCCAGCCAUGCCUGACCAUCACACACUUGGACUCUCCCCCGAAGGAUGGUACAUGGACAAGCCUGGUAUCGAACCCAGGACUUCUAGCGGGGGGUACCCCUUCCCUGAUGGUUUGGGAGAUCACUUGAUCCCUUCCUCCAACAACGUCAUCGUCCAUGAUGGCAAAAAUCUCGCUAUUUGGUCAACAGAGAUGCAUGAGUUACUUCAAUUUCAUGUAUCUAAGUCCCCACUUCCCGUCUCCUACAACACAUACCCUCACCCACAUCUCAUAAUCGAUGCUCAAACAAGAAUUCCUUUGCACCUGGAGAAUGGCAUCCCUCGUGUGCAGAGCCCCAUGGUUGGGCAUGAUGCAGAUCUAUUGUGGCUGGAGCGACUAUCCUGCAAGCUCCCAUCAUGGCUUGCCAGAUCCAGUCCCAUGUCAAUAAGGAUGAUCUGGCUCAAUGGUAAACUUGAACUGCUUCUCCCACCAGACUACCGCCCGAUCAUUCUUGGCAACAGGGACCAGAUUAACAGUCAAGAAGUAUGGUAUGGUGAUCAAAUGCUCAAAGAAGGGACUCAAUUUUUGGUCCAAGGUCGUAUGCGAGCCCCGAUCGUUGUUGAUAUUAGCCAAGUUGUCUAGUUCUUUUGCAGUUUUCACUGAUGCUUUUUCCUUCAUUGAAUAUUCAUCUGACAGAGCUUGUUGGGCAUGCAGGCCUGCUUGGUAUCAUAUAGAACUAUUAUGUUCAAU